AUGCUACGAUCUAUCGUGUAUUUUAUUAUUGGUUGUUGUAUAUUGAAUCGCAUUUGUGGCUUUACUUGUCCAGUUGGAAAUAAUGGGCUUCAUUCAAAUAUUAAUGAUCACCAUUCGUUUUGGCAAUGCUCCAAUGGUAUAGCAUAUUUAUUUCACUGUCCAAAUAUGCUUGUAUGGUCACAAGAAAAGCAAAUUUGCGAUUGGAAAGCUGGUAGCAACAAACGGGGCACUGGAUUGAAUGAACUCGAUUUUCCAUCGAGUUUCGUUUUUGGUGCUGAUUCAAGCAUGUAUAUUGCCGACACGUUUAAUCAUCGCAUAGUCAAAUGGUUGCUCAACGGGUCAAAUAGCCAAUCGAUUAUUGCUGGAGGGAAAGGCAUAGGCAAUCAAACAGAUCAAUUACGUUAUGUUCAUCGUGUUAUCCUUGAUGAAGAAAAUACUAUGUACAUUUGUGAGAGUGGGACUUCACGUGUACUAAGAUGGUUCAAGAAUGAAAAUUAUGGUCAUCCAAUUCUUGAAAAUUUUCGAUGUUGGGGUAUGCUAUUGGAUAAUGAUGGAUCAUUAUAUGUAGUAAAUUCAAGUGACAAGUCUCUUGUUUUAAAAUGGCCUGAAGGUAAAAUAGUUGCAGGCGGAAAUGGAAGAGGAAAUGCUUUUAAUCAACUCAGAUAUCCUGACAACAUACUUAUCGAUCGAGAAAAUUCCAUCUACAUAGCCGAUGUCGAUAAUCAUCGUAUAGUUAAAUGGGUUGCUGGUGCUAAAGAAGGUAUUGUUAUUGCUGGCGGCAAUGGAGUAGGAAAAGGUCUCCAUCAACUACAACAGCCAAUGGGAGUAGCACUCGAUUCUAUGGGAAAUUUGUACGUUGCUGAUCAUGGUAAUCAUCGAAUCGUUCGUUGGCUCAAAUGUAGUAAAUCAGGUGAUGUUCUUAUUGGUAAAAGUGGCCCUGGUGAUGCGCCCGAUCAAUUACGUAUGCCGACUGAUUUGAAAUUCGAUAGAAAUGGACAUCUAUGGGUAUCUGAUUAUUCCAACCAUCGUAUACAAAUGUUUACAAUCGAUAAAAGUGCAUGUAGUUCAACAACAUAUUAA